AAAAAAAUAUUAGAAGGAAGCCAACUGCAGCUUUUGGCCAAAAGAAAUUACAAAAACGAAAAAGUAAAAUAGGAGCAGCGCAUGAAAAUGAAGUGCAAUAAAAGUCAAAUGGCCACGUUAACAAUGUGGAAAAUUUUUAUGGCUCUGGCGCUCGUAAUGCCGGUCACAUUAGCGCACCAGCAUUCCAUGGCCGGAGGAGCUGGCGGCGGCGGUGGUUCUUCUGGACACGGCACUGCCAUGGGCAUGGGCGCUGCCUCUGGACUCGGCAAAGAGGCACACGUGAAAACGAAAGACAUUGAUGCCGUCGAGGGUAAAUCAGUGUCGCUGCCCUGCCCCAUUGCCGAGCCCCUGCAUGAUGUUUAUAUGGUCUUAUGGUUUCGUGAUAACGCGGGCAUACCUCUAUACAGCUUCGAUGUGCGCGAUAAUAUGGCCGUUGAGCAGCCACGACAUUGGUCAGCUCCGGAGGUUUUUGGCUCACGUGCCAAAUUUCAUUUUGACUCGCAGCCAGCAACCUUGGAAAUUAAGGAUAUCAAAAGGCAUGAUCAAGGCAUUUACCGUUGUCGUGUCGAUUUUCGCACAGCUCAAACGCAAAGCUUCCGUUUCAAUUUGUCUGUAAUAAUACUUCCGGAGCAGCCCAUCAUACUGGACCGUUGGGGUCGUCAACAGAAUGGCACAAAAUUGGGUCCCAAGCAGGAGGGCGAUGAUAUUGUUAUCACUUGUCGUGUGGUGGGCGGUCGACCACAACCACAGGUCCGCUGGCUUGUGAAUGGACUACUUGUCGACAAUCAAAACGAGCACAAUUCCGGCGAUGUUAUCGAGAAUCGACUGUUGUGGCCAUCGGUGCAGCGCAACGAUUUAAAUUCCGUAUUCACAUGCCAGGCAUUGAAUACGCAAUUAGAUAAGCCCAAGGAGAAGAGCUUCAUACUCGAUAUGCACCUAAAGCCAUUGACUGUAAAAAUUCUGGAACCACCCAGUUCAAUGAUUGCCGAUCGACGCUAUGAAGUUACAUGUGAAUCAUCGGGUUCGCGUCCGAAUGCCAUCAUCACUUGGUACAAGGGAAAACGUCAAUUGCGACGCACAAAGGACGACAUAUCAAAGAACUCGACACGCUCGGAGCUGAGCUUUGUGCCCACCACAGACGACGAUGGCAAAUCGAUAACAUGCCGUGCGGAAAAUCCAAAUGUGAACGGCCUUUAUUUGGAGACCAUGUGGAAAUUGAAUGUCGUUUAUCCCCCAUUGGUAACGCUGCGCUUGGGCUCCACACUGACACCGGAUGAUAUCAAGGAAGGCGACGAUGUUUACUUCGAGUGUCACGUACAAUCGAAUCCUCAAUGGCGGAAACUGUUGUGGUUACAUAAUGGCAUUCACUUGGAGCACAAUACAUCGGCUCGUGUCAUACGCUCCAAUCAGAGCCUGGUGCUGCAGAAGAUAACGAAACACUAUGCGGGAAAUUAUGCGUGCAGCGCCAUCAAUGAUGAAGGCGAAACGGUCAGCAAUCAGUUGCCGCUGCGUGUUAAAUACACGCCUGUUUGCAAGCAUACGGAUCGCGUUAUACUAAUUGGUGCCUCCAAGGAUGAGACUGUUGAGGUUAUAUGCGAGAUACAAGCGGAUCCGCCGCCACGAACAUUUCGCUGGAAGUUUAACAACUCGGGCGAAACUCUGGACGUGGGCAGCGAACGAUUCAGCGUGAAUGGAAGCCGCAGCAUUUUAAAGUACACUCCGGUCACAGAUCAGGAUUAUGGUACACUAUCCUGCUGGGCGGCUAACGAGGUGGGCACACAACAACAGCCCUGCCUUUUCCAAGUGGUUUUAGCUGCUCUGCCAAAUGGCGUCAGCAAUUGCAGCAUCUUCAAUCGCACAGAGCUCAGUGUUGAUAUACAAUGCAUACCCGGCUACGACGGCGGUCUGCCUCAAAUAUUUGUACUCGAAAUGUUUUCAACACGCACCGGCAUUACCAGACUUAAUCUAACCAAUGCGGAGGAGGCGCUCUUCUCGCUGGAGAAUCUCGAUACGCUCACAUCGAUGAUGAUGCAGGAGAAUAACUCGCUGAGGAUACGCAUUUACUCUUACAAUCAAAAGGGACGCAGUGCGGCAUAUCUCUUGCCCGAUUUCAUAAUUGGCUCAACAGCUUACAAGACAGACGACGAUGUGACGCUAACAUUGUCCCCGGUGAUUGUUGGCAGCGUUCUGACCAUCAUAAUUAUUGGGGUGGCCAUCGCGAUACGAAUAUUUCUGGUAACAUUCGUGCACAAUUUGCGACGCAACCGGCCACAUGGCAACAAGGCGACAUCAGCGGGCGUUGUCGUCCAAGCGGCCGAUGUCUUCAAGAGCGGCAACCUGGAGAAACCGCGCUGGCAGCACACUGAUAUAAAAACGAAAUCAUCGGAGGAUUUGGUUGAAGACGAACGUGAUCCCGAUGUAAUACCCUCACAAUAUGUGGGCGGCAGCAGCGCCGGCAGCAGCGGCAGCAAUGCCUCCAAUGUGGGCAGCACCACAGCCGGCACGGCCACCGGCAGCAACACAUCGACAGCGGUCGCCGCAGCUGUGUCCGCAACCGACCGCGAUGCGCAUCAGUUUGCUGCGGCAGCAGCUCCAGCAGCGACGUCGUCUGCCGUUGGACUCGUUGGCAGCAUUUCCAAAUGGUCACCCAAUGGCAAUGCACCGACCAUGACGACGACUACGACACUGACCAGCGAUCCGUCGAAUCCGCCGGUCACCUACAAUCAGAUCAAUGCGCAGCGGGCACAGCUGCUGGCCGCGGUGGCAGCGGUCGGUGGCGGCUGCAGCAGCACUGUCAUCUCGCCCAGCAGCAGCAUUAUGGGCAGCCUGGGCGCUGGCAAGCCGCUGACACUGGGCAUGGGCGGCACCAUCAUUGGAUCGCCCACGUCGCUGUCAUCGACGGCGACGCUGGCAGCGCAUCUUCAGCCGGCGCACAGCAGCGGUGUCGGCACACUGCCGCCUGGCCUGGGCAGCGGCGGUGGCUAUAUAAUGAAUGCCUAUGCCAGUGCCAGGCUACAUCAUCCGCCCGGCGGUGCUGGUGUGGGCCACACGGCCACCUUAAAUCGCCAUCACCAUCAUCAGCAGCAGCAGCAGCAUCACCAGCAACAUCAGCAUCAACAUCAUCAUCAGCAUCCCGGCUCUGGCUCGAGUUUGCUGCUGGGCAGUGUAGGUAGCGUAAUGGGCGUGGGCGUCACCUCAACAACAACCACCUCGUGCAAUUCCUCACAGGACUUGGAUGACAACAUUAAUAUAAAUGCGAUUAAGGAUUGUCUCAUGACGCAACGUGUGCCCGAGAGCUGCGUCUAAGUUGAGAAUUAUAAAGUCUAGACUUGGACCUUCGAUUAGCAACUCAGAUCUACACCCACACCUAGAACUAGACUAGAACGUCAGCUAAACGUGUUAUAUGUAUGUAGUUGUAUGUAUAUAUAUAAAAUAUGUAUGUCGUAGUUAUGUUCCCGUUAAGGUGCUGUGCAUAGCUAUGUUAAGUUAUAUUCUUUACGACCAUCUGCAUAUCUUACGCAUAGAUUUCCUGGCAUAUCCUUUGCAAUAUCAAAUAAGAAACAACUGUGAACAAAUGCGGUAGCUACAUAUUAGCUGAAAUAUGUCGCAACGACAAGUUAGCGAUAACUUUUGGGAGAUACUGACUCUAUAUCGAUACCGUUUACCAGAGAAAACCGAAUAUACUAAAAUGCGAACCUAUCGAUAAAUCGAUAAGCUAUCGAUAACUUUUACAGCAAUGUUAUCAACUGUUAAACCAGUGCAGUGUAAUCACAUAUCUUUGAAAAUAUAUCAUUUAACACAAAUGCGACUCCGUUUAAUAAAAAGUAAUAGUGGAGAAAUGAUGUGCAAUUACUCCAUUAAAUUGGUAAUACCUGUUAAAAGGUGAUGUUGCCCAACCUUACCCGUAAGGGACCCAUGUUUACAAUAUUUCCAAAAUUCAAAGCAAAAUUAUGUCUUUUCAUACACUGAAAAUUCUUAACAACUUAUUUAAAGCGUAUAAAAACUAAUAAUGAAAAGGAAAUAAAUAUAAUAAAUAAAGUUAAGGCAACUUCAAAAAGACUCUGAAACUUAGUAGAAAAAUUUAAUUUGUAGCAAAAAUGUUCCCAAACACAAAAAAAUAAAUAAAAUUAAAUAAAAUAGCUGGAAGAUGCAAGUAUAUAAGAAAAGUAAUACGAUUAAGUCAAGUUGUAAAUAAUAAACUUACUAAACUUGUAUAAAGCAAAUGUACUUAGUCUACGAUUUUUGUUGUAUGUAUGUAUAUUUAUCUAUAUAGACGCUGCUAACUGUAAGCGCAGUUAAAUUAUGUGUAAAAGUAUCCGUAAUGAGAACGGGAAUGUCCUGCAUAGUAAAAGUAAAUAUAGUAAAAAUGUAAAAUGAAUGCAAAUUGUUAGAGCGCAUUGCGUUUAAGCAGAAUUUAAUGACAGAGUUUAGUUAAAAAUGUGUUAGGCUAUAAAAAAUCUAUGCAUACAAAUUGAUAAAUCAAUUAACUAAGUCAUCAAAAAUUGUGACAAAA